GUGAAAUUUGUUUUACGUCGUUUUCUGAAUAAGAUGAUUUAAAAAGACAUAAGAUAACGCACGGAUUUCGGUCUUGGGAGUUGAAAGUGAAUAACAUGUAAAAUUAGCUCUUAUAAAAUGUACUCACUUAUUCCUGUACUACUAUUGUUGUAGUAAAAAGGUGUCUGGAGAAAAAUACGGAAACAAUCAAAACAUUUGAACAUCCAUGUCAUAACGAGCAAGAUACGGGUCCGAAAAAAUCUCAUCAAUGUCAGAUUUGUUUUAAGAUAUAUUCUCGAAAAUAUGGUUUAAACAAACAUAUGCUAAUCCAUGCUGAAGGAAAAUCUCUCCAUUGCGGAAUAUGCUUCAAGAGUUUUUUUCAUGCAAGUGAUUUAAAAAGACAUGCGAUAACGCACACUGCGCAAAAGCCAUAUCAGUGUGAAAUUUGUUUUAAGUCGUUUUCCCAAAAUGGCUAUUUAAAGGCACAUCUCAGUUAUCACACUGGAGAACAACUAUAUCAAUGUGAAAUAUGUUCAAAGUCGUUUUCCCAUCCGAGUAUUUUAAACACACAUAAGAGAAUACACACGGGAGAAAAACCGUUUCAGUGUGAAAUAUGUUUUAAAUCGUUCUCUCAAUCAGGUGCUAUGAAAAAACAUAUGAGACUACACACUGGAGAGAAACCUUAUCAAUGUGAAAUAUGUUUGAAGUCGUUUUCACAAACAGGUGAUUUAGAAAGGCAUAAGCAAAUGCACACUGGGAUAAAACCGUAUGAAUGUGAAAUUUGCUUUAAGUCGUUUUCCCGAAAUGGUUAUUUAAAGGCACAUAUUGCAAACCACACUGGAGAACAAUCGAUUUAUCAGUGUGAAAUUUGUUUGAAGUCGUUUACCCAUGCAAGUUCUUUGAGAACACAUAUGAGAAUACACUCUAAAGAGAAUCCACAUCAGUGUGAAGUUUGUUCUAAGUCGUUUGCCUAUGCAAGUUUUUUGAAAGUACAUAUGAGAAUGCACUCUGAUGAGAAACCUUAUCAAUGCAAAAUGUGUUCGCAGUCGUUUUCAUCGGCAGGUACUUUGAAAGGUCAUAUCAAGACGCACACAGGAGAAAGGAAUUAUCGCUGUGAUAUUUGUUAUAAGUCGUUCUUAAAAAGCUUUGACUUAAAAAGACAUAUAGUAGUGCAUUCUCAAGAGAAACCAUAUCAAUGUGAUAUUUGUUGGAAGUCGUUCUUUCGAUCAGAUUCUUUGAAAAAACAUACGAGAUUGCACACUGCAGAAUAAUCAGUACCUAGUAAUUACACGAGAGUUCUAAAAUUAUCGAUUUGUAUCCCGAGUGACAGUUUUAAUUUCACGACCCGAAGGGAGUGAAAUUAUGGCAAAGUGUCACGAGGGCAAAACAAAUCGAUAAUUUAAGGGCUCGAGAGUAAUUCGGUAAGAUUAUUUCAUGAAAAAACUGUAUUUUUAAAUCAUUUUAACUAAUAUUUUACUGAUAUCUUUAUCUGAAUAUAUAUUUUAAAUAUAUGAUUUAUUCUGAAGCGUUUACAAAAUAAUAAA